UUGAAGCAUUUCGAAACUCAAAAACAAAUUCAAAUGGCGGGCUAAAAACUUCGAUUGAGUCUCUCUCUCUCUCUUUCUAUGGUGAUGGAACAGAUUAGUAGCAUCGCUGGUGGAGAUACAACUACGAGGAAGACUAUGGCGUCUCUGGGACUCAUGUGUAAGAAAGAUUUAGAUGAACAGCGUAAUAAAAUCGAUUCCUUCAUCGCUUCUCCUUUCCAGAGAUCGAUGGACUCAUUACUGGAGCGAGCUCAAGCCACUGCACAAAGCCAAGCGGAACUAGCGAGUAUAAAAGCGGAUCUGAGACAAGCAGAGGAUGAGCACGUUAAAGUGUUGGCAGAGCAUCAGUAUCAUGUUUUGCUGAGUUUGGAUAUCUUACCGCUUCUGGGAUGUAUAGUGAAGACCCGUAAAGAGGCACAGCAAAUGGGGAUAAGGGAUUCCAUUUCUGCAAGACAGUCUAGGAUUGAAGUGCUUAGAAGAACUUUGCAGUUACAGAAGUCAAAGAAGGAAGAGUAUGCGAGAAUGAUCUCCCAAAAGUUGCAAGCUUUGUCAAUGUCUGAGGAUAAUUCUGAAGACAAAACAGAUAUUAGUGGAGCCAUCUCUUGGUACAAUCAGGCUCUCGGUUUUCAUGUUGAAGCUGGACAUGGAGUGAAAUUCACAUUCACCAACAUUGAUGCAAAAAGGCCGACACGCGAAUUUUCAUUCACAGCUCACUAUGAAAAUGAAAUCUACACACUAUUGGAUUGCGACCUGCAAUUGGAUGAAAUCAAAGGGAUGGUUCAAGAAUUGAAUAAAACCAAUGACUUUUUCAGAUUUGUUCGUCUGAUGAGGGACAAGUUUCAGAAAUCCACUUUAUCUGAGCUGCCAACACAUUCAGAACAUCUGCAACAGGAAACCUCUGUCAUAUCUGAUUCAGCUCCAGCUAUAUCAUUUUCCACUGAUACAAACAUUUCAACUCCAGAGAACAGGAGAUCUAAGGUUCAAGUGAAUCGGCGACAGAAAAGAGCUAGCGAUUCACCACUCCUGUCUCCAGUAUCCACGUCUGCCACUCGGCGUUCUUCUCGCCUUAAGGGUAAGAAAUGAAGGUGGAGCUCUGUUUUACUCUUCACAAGCAUCAAGGAAUGAUGAGGGAGUUUUGGAAACUGUUGUCAACAACAAUCCGUUGUUUGAAUUUCUUAUAAUAUUUGACUGUUUUUUUGUAAUCACGCUCACGCACAAUGUUGAUUUCGUUACUAGUGUGGGUGGCUAUGCUUAUACAUCUAUCGUUCUUCGUUA